GCCGUGGAGCAUCACCAUGUGGGAAGGCAUGAAGACAGGGAGGGGGACACAGUGGUGCUCCGUUGCAUGCCGGGAGGCCUACAGUGUCACUUUGUAUCACAAAGUUUGAAUGCUGCAGGAUAUGGCUCAAAGAACCAUCAAGUCUGUUCGGAGCUGGAUCUGUUAUAUUACUGUAUAAAUAAAUCCACGUUAUUCUUAAGGCACGCGUCAUUCAAAGUGUCAAUGACAUGCAGCAGUGUGUAGUGACUAAAGGGAAAGCCGCUACAGUCGGUAUGAUGACCGGAGACGUUGAAAGACAAUGUUUGGGUACAUAUGGCAGUACGUCUACACAUCCUUCCUGAGAUACUGGCUGAAGUGGUUCGUCAGACAGGCCACAGGGAAAUGUGAGCUGCAGAGAAUAUGCUCAGGAUUCAAGCCGGGGGCCACGAGGACAACAAAAACAGAAUACUCCCUGAGGUCAUCUAAGAACAAGGUUUUAAGAGGAGCUUUGGAAAGCAGAAAGGAUACAUUAGGACAAUGUGUGGAUCAAAUUAUGAAAGAGAAGAAUGUCAAACCGCAGAAAGAUCCCCUGUUCAAGGAGAGCCUGCACACCUGUCUCUUACAAAUAACAGGAUACGGCAGUCUGUAUAUAUCUGUGGAAGACUUGAGAAAGGAGGUCUUCAGCUCAGAGAAUGCAGAACACGAGGCCAUGCUGUUGAAGCUGUGGGACCUGUUGAUGCCAACAGUCAAACUGGAAUCAAGAUUAACCAAACAGUGGGGAGACAUCGGAUUCCAAGGGGACGACCCCAAGACCGACUUUAGAGGAAUGGGCAUGCUGGGACUGAUCAACCUUGUUUUUUUCAGUGAAAAUUACACCGAAGAGGCUCGACAGGUGUUGUCUCAUGCAAACCAUCCUAAACUAGGGUAUUCAUAUGCCAUAGUUGGGAUCAACCUGACCGAGAUGGCCUACAGCCUACUGAAGAGCGGUGCUUUAAAACCACAUUUCUACAACACAGUUCAUGGUGCACCAGGACUCCGGCACUUUCAUCAGCUGUACUGUUACCUGGCGUAUGAAUUUGAUAAGUUCUGGGUGCUAGAAGAGCCAGAGAGCAUCAUGCAGUUCAAUCAGUACAGGGAAAAAUUCCAUUCCAUAGUCAGGACACAUCUACAGGACCCUGACGUGUCCCUCACGUUGUCUAUUCAUCCUAAAAACCAACAGAAAUAAAAAGACUGAAAUGGAUUUACACGUCCCUCUGAGUUCUCCAUUGCCCCUGACGUUGCCUCAGCAUAAAGCAAAUGGUGAACAUGAAAAAAGGUAAAAGCAGACUGAAGCUCACCCGCUGCCACUCGUAUUCCUCGAUAAUUCUAACCAACAAAUCCUCUUACAUUUAGUUUUUUGAGUCACUAGUUCUGUUCUCGUUCAUUGUUUUAAAGUAGAGCACAAACCUACCACCCUAUACCUCAGAAGUGGCCGUUCCAGUGGUAAACUGUCUUUCACAAAGGGGGAAACGAGAGCUGCUGCAGAGGACUGUAGUGAUCGUAACAGCUGUCUUUUUUUGAGCGUUGAAGCACUUUCAGUAAGCAGGAAGCCAAAUUGUUUUUGUUAAAGGUUUUGAAAAAAAUAAUGCUGAUUAACUCCCAUGUUUUUAAGCUGUCGGGUUUGUAUUUGUUCUCUCACACUCGUCCUGCUCAGGAAUUUGAUAUUAAUGUCCGGAGAACAAGGCUAAAACUUCACGAAUUCCAAUUGUGGUGUUGUCACCUUAAUCGUUGUACAUCGUUUCAACAUCUCCACUGAUAGCAUUUGUGACAUCUGUGUUGUGUUAUGAUAAUUGAUUUGAAUUGAACAUAAAAAUAGUUGUUUGCCAGCUUUCUCACGAAUGUGUAUGUCUGAAGACAGAUAUUUACAUUUUCAUGACUUGCUAUUUUUUGUGAUUUGCUUUUGAGGAAGUUAUGUAAUUAACACACUUAUAAAUUAAUAAGAAAACUAAUAAAUACACAUUUUGAUGUUUUGAAAA